AUAACUUUGAUUCAACUUGUCAUGUGAAAAAGGUUCAAUAUACAGAUUAUUGCUUUGAAUGAAAUGGCCUCAACUUUGAAUAGUUCAGUCCUCAGUGGAUCAGAUUUGUUGUUUGACUUUUCUUGCUGCAGUUGUCAAGGAAAGGACAUCAAUAAAGAGGCUGAGUUUAACUGUGAUGAAUGUUCUAAAUGUUUCUGCGGUGAAUGUGUGAAGCAUCACAACUUACUGUUCAACAAGCAUGUUACAUCAGGAAAAGAAAACAUAAGCCAGUGGCGUGUAGAGCAUUGUCAGGAACAUAAGAACGAGAAACUGAAAGUAUUCUGUGAGGACCACAAUGAACUAAUAUGCACAAGCUGCCUCGUAAACAAUCACAAGAAAUGCACUCAUGUUGUACUCAUUACUGAUAAAGUGAAAGCCUUGUGCAAGAAAGGGGAUUUCCAGCAGUUGUCAACAUCCCUUGAUACAUUGCUAGCCCAAUGGUGUCAGAAAAAAGAUGACUUAAAUGAAAGACUGAAGACCCUUGAAAAAUCCUACAAGAACAUUCUGAAAAAAAUCAACACUUUACGAAAGGCAAUCAAUGAUUCUCUGGAUGAACUAGAGGGGAAUACCAUCAAGGAGUUAGAGUCAUUACGGUCAACCAUGCAUUCAUCUAUAGAAACCGAUAAAGAAGCAUGUUCCGAGUCCAUCAAUUCAAUGACAGGUGUUCAAAACGAUUGGCAGAACAUCAACAAUAAAAGUGAAACCAUCCAAUUUGUCAUGUACAGAAAAUGCCUUGACCAGUCAAAAAAGCUUGAAGCAGUUUUGCAAAAACUUAAAGCAAAGAAUGAGUUGACACUGACCUUUGAACCAGAUACAACCAUACAGAAAACCCUGUCAGCUCUCUCAGGAUUGGGACAAAUAGUUAGCAAAGAGAGGCAAUCACAAAAUGUAGAAAGUAUAACACAGGAAGCAGUAACCAGCGAGACAAAACCAAAAGCAUGCGAAACGAUCUCAAGUCAAAAUGUUCAUACCUGUCCAAACAACUCCUGUAGACAAAGCUGGCCCUCAUGAAGAAAACAAGCCAAGCGUGUUGUCUCAUUCGAGCCAAGUCAUCAAAGUACAAGCUGCUAAGGAGUAUAGUAUAAGAGCAAAGAAAGAUAAAGAAACCUGCUGUAUAUCAGGAGUCUGUGAGAUAGCUACAGGAAAAGUACUCAUCUCCGACAGUCUGAACAAAAGAGUAAAGCUGCUGGAUCACAACUACACAGUUGACGCCUACUGUGACAUGCCUGGUCUACCAUUGUCCAUGUGCAGCAUUGAUUCCAGUCUGGUGGCUGUUGCUUUGAGGUUUGAUGGGAUCCACUUCGUCAGAUUGACUAAUGGUCAGCUGACAAAAGACAAGACACUGCAGCUAGAACAUGACUUAAGUGGUCUCACAUAUCACCAUGGAAACCUGUACGUCACAUCAGGUGCAGCACUCUUCCACUACACUGUGGAUGGUAGACUUGUGAGCAAGUUGUAUGAGGUAACAGCAGAAACCAUGCCAUCCUGUGCAGUGAGUGCUGAUGGAGAGAGGAUAUACUUGGUGUGCUAUGGCCCUAACCAGCUAGUCACGCUGUCCAAGAAUGGCACAGUAAUCUCCAUAAUGAAAGAACCAUCACUGGACUGGGGAGAUCAGUUAGCCUUCCAUGGCCUCCAUGUGACAGAGAUGGGUUCACUGGACUCGGGAGAUAAGUUACUACUCCAUGGCCUCCAUGUGACAGAGAUGGGGCAAGUUCUGGUAUGUGGAUUCGUGUCUAAUAAAAUCAUCCAGGUUGACAGAGAUGGUAGACAGAGACUGGCAGAAGUGGUUACCGAAAAGGAUGAUGUAGACAGACCAAUACCGGUGUCUGUCUACUACAGUAAACACACGGGGACACUAAUUGUGGGAAUGUUGGAAAAUGACAGCAUCUUUGUGUUUACAACUCAGUGACUUUGAUAGGCUGGUUAGAUAGAAGCAAACACUCAAUCACACUUCAAACGCAACACUAUUGAAUAACCCCAAAACAGCUCAAGAUAUUUCAUAUUUCCUUGUUUUAUAUAAUUUUCAAAUAAGUUGCAUUCAAAUCAUUCAACUAUAAAGCUUUGACUUUACUGUAUGCUCAGUUGAGGUAAUUAAGCAAGCUAAAAGGUGACAAAGGACUGGGACAUAAUGACAACUCACCUGUCUGUAGGCCAGAGUGAAUGGUCCCAGAUAGGCAACAACACUGGCGGACAGUAAGACAUCACCGAUAAUGUUGUCAUAGGUCUCUGUCAGUUCCUCUAUGUUCUGCAACAGACACCUGAUAUUAUCAAGACUGAUAGACAACAUAUUUAAUUGACUUUUAAUUAUGAGCCACGGAGAGGAUAAUGCAACACGUACUCAUGUUUUUAAGCCAUCUAAACUUUAUUUAAAACACAUUUUUUCUGUGAGUUUGAAGCUUUUAAACUUUAUCAACAACACAUUUUAUUAGAAUUGACUUUUGUUACUUUUAUCUGAGUCAAGUCACUAAAUACAUUUGGUGACUUGCUUUUAAUUUACAACUAUAAUAAAUACUUUUAAUAUGUAAUUUUCAAUCCAAUAUUUUCGUGGCCUAUGAUCAUACACAACUUGAAAAUGUGCAAUCCAAAACAUCUUUUUAACAAAAAUAUGGACAAAUAAAAUUUGUUUAAAUGAGCUUGGAUUUAUUUGUGCAAAUAUUCAUGAAAUAGGCUUACAUUAAUAAUAGAUUGUAGAAACAGUCUGUAUGUAUUUUGCUGACAUGUUUGCAUAUUGUUAAAGCUGUCAUGGUUAGGUGUGGUUUUAGUUGACACAUUUGUAUAUUGUUGGAGCUUGCAGCAUUAUGUAUUGUUUAAGCUGGCAUGAUUAUGUUUUUUUAAGUUGACUGGGAUAUUUUUUGUUUUAACUGACAUGUGUUUAUAUUGUUUAAGCUAACAUGUUUUGUGCUAGCUGACAUGGUUAUGAAUUGAUUAAGCUGACAUGGUUAUGUAUUGUUUGAGCUGACAUGGUUAUGUAUUGUUUUAGCUGAUGUGUUUGCAUAUUGAUUUAACUGACAUGGCUAUAUAUCAUUUAAUCUGACAUGUUCAUGGAUUGUUUUAGCUGACAUGGUUAUGUAUUGUUUUAGCUGUAGUGUUUGCAUAUUGAUUUAACUGACAUGGUUAUAUAUCGUUUAAGCUGACAUGUUCAUGGAUUGUUUUAGCUGACGUGGUUAUGUAUUGUUUUAGCUGAAGUGUUUGCAUAUUGAUUAUACUGACAUGACUAUAUAUCGUUUAAGCUGACAUGUUCAUGUAUUGUUUUAGCUGAUGCGUUUGAAUAUGGUUUAAGAUGCCUAGUUUAUGUAUUGACUAAACUGAUUUAGUUGUGUAUUGUUUCAUCUGAAGUGUUUGUAUAUGGUUUAAGAUGACAUAUUUAUGUAUUGACUAAACUGAUAUGGUUGUGUUUUGUCUCAGCUGAUGUAUUUGUAUAUUUUUUAAGCUAACAUGGUCAUUAUAUUUUAGCUGACAUGGUUAUGUUAUGUUUAAGUUGACAUGGUUAUGUAUCGUUUUAGAUGACAUGCUUUUAUAUUGUUAAAGCAGACAUGUUUAUUGUGUAAGCUGAAAUGGCUAUGUAUUGUUUGUGCUUAUGUGUUUGUAUGAAGUUUAAGCAAAUAUGGUAAUUUAUCGUUAACGCUAACAUGAUUGUGAAUUGAUUAAGCUGACAUCAUUGUGUUUUUUCAUUCCUUACAAUUUUUUUAUAAUGCUCUACCAGUAGCUGCAUUAUUUUAUAUUGUUAAGCUGACAUAUUUGGGUUGGGCUUAUGCUACAAUUAUUACAUUAUGCUUUUUUUAAUGAAUGUUUAUUGUUUUAGCUUAACGUAUUGUGCAUUAUUACACGAUUGUGUAUAGCUUUACUUUACAUACUUGUGUAUGAUUUUAGAUUGUGCAAAGCCUAUAUUGACAUACUUGUGUAAGGUUUUAAUUGAGUAUUUUGGUAAGACAUAUUUUGAUUGACACAUAGUUUUGGAUUGAGACAUCAGCAUAUUUUUUAUA